AUGCCUGGAACCAUAAGGGACUUCUCACUACACUACGACUCAAUCAAUGAAGCCAACACCUUCAGUGGCGGAGACUAUGUCAGAGGACGGGUUAUUUUGGAAGUUACCAGACAGAUCAAAGUUGAGAUGCUUGUCGUCCAAAUCAAAGGGGAGGCAGACGAAAUGGUGGAGCUGUUGGUGGAGAAACACACACAGAAGCUUCUGUUUGGUGAAACAGAUAAAAAAAUGAAACUCUUCACCUCUGGAAAUGCCUCCAUGAAAGUCAACAUUGAGAAGAUGGGCUUCAUACAAGGAGAAAUGCUGAAGGUCAUAGCGGCUGUUGAAAAUUCGUCAUCUCGUCCUCUAAAACUUAAAUAUAGUCUUCAGCAGAGACAAAAGUUCUUUGAUUCAAGAUCUAAAUCUAAAUCUGUGCACAACGUGAUCUUCAAAGCAGUCGGGGAUCUGGUCCCAUCUGGACACAAGCAAACUGUCAUUGCCGAACUUCACCUACCAGCUCAUCUCCAACUUUCUAUUUUUUAUUGUAACAUUAUUAAAGUGGAGUACUUUCUAAAGGUGUACCUGGAUGUUCCCUAUGCUUCAGACCCAGAGGUCAUUCUCCCAUUGGUGAUUCUACCUCCAGGGCAACCCUCUGGUCCUUUAUCUACACCUUCAGGAGGUCCCUUUGGAAACCCUGCUCAACCAGGAUGGAAUGGCCCUCCUACCCAUAAUGCAGCAGGGCCAUAUCCAAGUGCCUCUGCCUCUGGAGUUUACCCUCCUCCAACUGCACCAGGACCUAAUCAGCAUCAGUGUCCUCCAGCUGUGCACCCACAAUCUGCAAACCCAGGAGCACCUCCACCCAUGUAUUCAGAAUUAUACCUGACUCCAUCUGCCCCAGUACUGUAUCCAAACUUACCACCCUUUAGCGCACCAGGUUUCUGCCCAGCCCCAAGUGCCCCAGGACAGUAUCCAAACCCAAAUGUCUCAGGGUCUUUAACAGUGCCUACUGCCUCAGACUGCAAUCCACCACCUUACACCGCCACUGCCCAUCCAGUUCCAUCUGCCCCAGGAUACUGUCCAGACACAACCACACCAGGGCCCUGUCCCGCUAAGAUGCCUCUGUAG